AUGACUGAAUAUACGAAGCCACCUCAUGAUAAAGACUUAGUGAAUUUCACUCAGAAAAAUGAUUAUGACUCUUUAGCUAAAUACCUUAUAGGAAAUAUUUAUAGAUAUCGAGAAAAUAUAAUUAUACCGAGAGUAUUAGGCCCAGUUAUCAUUAAAACAAAUGAGGAGAAAAUGAUAGAGUCUACAGUCGAGAGUUGUCCUUUUAAAUCGUUAAGCAGUUGUGUUAUAGGAUAUGGUCUCGGUCUUGCUGUUGGUUUAUUCACAUCCUCCCUGAUGCCAAAUAUGACGGACCCAAUGGCACAACAAAAUCAAACAGCUAGGGAGAUUUUGCGAGAGAUGAAAAAUUCCAUGUUGAGUUAUGCUAAGAACUUUGCUAUACUUGGAGCAGUGUUCUCUGGAGUGGAAUGUUGUAUAGAGACCGCUAGGGGGAAAUCAGAUUGGAAAAAUGGUACAUAUGCUGGAGGUGUUACUGGAGGACUUAUUGGCUUAAGAGGAGGAUUAAAAGCAGGCAUCUUUGGUGCUGCUGGAUUUGCUGCAUUUUCUACUAUUAUUGAUUACUAUAUGCAUCAACGUUAA